GUGCCAUUCGUAACGGUUGUGUUGUGUUUUCGGUCUAGAUCCGUCAGUUGCUGGAAGUGACCGUUUCAUUCCGUGUGUCGAUGUGAGCAAGAGAUUCAGGGAACCUGAAGCUGAACCAACACCUCGAUGAAUACAAAUUUCGAGAGCGCGCGGCUUCUUGCGUGAGGCGUAUUGUUGUGUUUUUUUUUUGACGCGUAUUGGGUCUUUGCAACGAGGUGCUCGGUUCGUUGAUGUCCAGUCCAGCCAGAGGUCCGGCCAGAUAUUACUCUAUCGGAAUAGUGCCGGUUACUGUGUGUGUGGGGUUUCAAUUGAAGGUUUCAAGUUUAUUAUUCACUCUCCUGAUUCAGCUACUUGGAGAUUCGAAGUCUAGUGCCUCUCCGUUGGCAGAUCGUAUUUGUUGCAGCAGUGUGGAUUUGGUGUGGCUUAGUUCUGCAGGUUGUCCCGUGUGACGGGUGGUACCCCAAUUAGGUCUGUGAUCGUCCAGUAAUUGUUUAUUGCAGUUCGGUGAUUGUGAAGCUCCCCGGAUCGGGUGCUACAGAUGGGUCAAAGUGCAGUGUAAUCCAUUAACCCAGUGGCGAGUUAACUAAUCGUGCUAGAAGCAGCAGUAAUUGAAUCAACUUUCUGGCGUAGGGUGGAACCCACAGGACGGGUUAAACGAAGCGUGGACCAGUAAUUUGGAGGCUCUGCGAGCACACCAACACAGCCAGAACUUCCGGAACGAUAGGCGUCGGUGGCCUCGCAUCAUGACCACCCGCCAAUGGAACCCGGCGUUGCUGUCGGUGGCGGGUGCUCUGCUAACGCUUUGCUCGAUCCCGAUACUCUCGGUUUGGGCUCAGCAAAACAAUCCCAACGAUGUACCGCGUUACAAUCAGCUAGACCCCUUCAAUCGGCAACGGUUUAGUCCAGCAUCCAACAACAUUCCAUCCCAACAGCAACAGCAACAGCAGCAGCAGCAGUACGGGUUCUCGACUACUAGGAAUCCUAACUUCCCCAACAGGGACAACUUCGACUCGAAUAGCAUCGACAACAGAUACGAUCCAAACAAUCGUGAUCAGAAUCGGGACCGCGAUAGGAACGUACUGUUUCAGUCUUCUACUCCGAGGGAUUUCUCCUUCAACAGAUUCUCGACGACUCCGAGAACUCGGCCCGGUAUUAAUCCUUCGUUCAGCAACCGAAAUUCGUUCUUGGAUCUGUUCAACAACAAUGCACUGGUGAAGGAAAUCUCAUAUUUUGUCGUAGCAUCCAGAAUGGUGCGCCCAGGCCAGAUCUACAAAGUAUCGGUGAAUUUAUUGGAGGCGCAGCAUCCAAUGUCUGUCCGGGCUAGUAUUUCCCGUGAUGGCGUUGAGAUGAGCAAUGAAAUGAAAUCGGUUCGUGUGGGAAUUCCGGAAACUUUGCUGAUGAGAGUUCCACCGACUAGCGUUGUGGGGGAUUACAAGCUAAGAGUCGAGGGAUCGUACGAGAACACCUUUGGCGGGUAUGUGUUUGUCAAUGAAACCAAGCUUACUUUCUCGCAGCGAUCGAUGACCAUAUUUGUGCAAACGGAUAAACCUGUUUACAUGCAGGGUGAAAUGGUUCGAUUCAGAGCAAUUCCAAUUACUACGGAACUGAAAGGUUACGAUAGUGCAGUGGAUGUAUACAUGGUAGAUCCUGAGGGUCACAUUAUGCGGAGAUGGUUGUCGCGGCAAUCCAAUCUGGGAUCAGUGAGCUUAGAGUACAAGUUAUCGGACCAACCGAUCUUUGGAGAGUGGAAAAUUCGCGUUAUUGCUCAAGGUCAAGAAGAAGAAGGCAAAUUUAACGUUGAAGAAUACUAUCAAACGAGAUUUGAGGUCAACGUAACCAUGCCUGCUUUCUUUUUCCAAACCGAUCCAUACAUUUACGGAAGGAUAAUGGCCAACUUUACAAACGGAACUCCGGUAAAAGGUAACCUAACAUUGAAAGCCACGAUACGGCCAACAGGAUGGAUGAACCCGCGAGCUAUCAACCAUAUGAAUCGUGUAUGGAACACCGGAAAUAGGCGUGAGCUGGACCCCAAUGUACCAUACUAUCUGUUGAACACUGAUCCCGAUCUAUACAAUCAACAGAACACAUUCACUAGCCAGCUGAACCCAGAUCCACAAAUGUACGAUCAGCGUUUCCAGUCCAACUACCAGGACACCUACAUUUACGAAAGGCAUUUCAACUUUGAUGAAGAAUGGCCCUUCUGGGUUAAGAAACCGAUAGAAAGUGAUGCUCAAUGGGAUUCGUGGACCAACACCUAUCGAGACACUCUUCCCUAUCUGCGAUACUUCAACGGAACUUAUCGGUUCAGAUUUCCAAUGUCCGAGCUGGCCCAGAUAUUUCCAACGAAUCUAGCGUCGGGAAUGGAAGUUCUGAUUACUGCACGUGUUGGAGAACGAUUUUAUGACGAAGUCAUCGAGGGUUAUGCCAUGACUAGGAUCUACAAUUCCUCCAUAAGGAUUGGUUUUAUGGGUGGAUCACCACAAGUAUUCAAACCGUCAAUGCCAUUCACGGUGUAUUUGAUCGCCGAAUAUCACGAUGGCUCGCCUCUGCCUAUUGAUCCGCUAUAUCCGGGCCGAAUGGAAGUAUCGGGAACAAUCGAUAGUCGAAGUGGAGGUGGCAGAAAUACCUUUGAAUCAAAGCUGCUCACAAUGUCUGAGCAGGUCGGUGUUUGGGAGCUAAAAAUCGAUCUCCGAAACGAUCUUAAUCUUGAGAAUACCAAACAAACGAACGAUUUCUUGAAUGAGAUUCAGUCGAUGCGCCUAUCAGCCAGUUAUAUCGAUCCGUCUAACGAGCGUGCGACUACCGAACUACUGUUAUUGUCUCACUUUUCGCCGAACAAUCACAACAUCAAAGUCACGACCAGUACCAAGGAUGCCAAGGUCGGAGAGUACAUAAUAUUCCAUGUGCAGAGUAAUUUCUACAUCAAGGACUUCCACUAUAUCGUGAUGUCCAAGGGCAUUGUGCUUGUGACGGGUAACGAGAUAAUGUCCGGUGGAGUGCGAACGUUGUCCAUUACUCUUAGCGCCGAAAUGGCCCCGGUUGCAACGGUGGUCGUGUGGCACAUUGGCCGUUACGGGAAGGUGAUUGCCGAUAGUUUGACAUUCCCGGUGAAUGGCAUUUCAAGGAACAACUUCACGGUGUUCAUCAACAAUCGCAAGGCUAGAACUGGCGAAAAGGUCGAAGUGGCCAUUUACGGUGAAGCUGGAUCCUAUGUCGGUUUAUCCGGCAUUGAUAAUGCAUUUUAUACUAUGCAAGCUGGCAAUGAGUUGACUUAUGCUAAUGUGAUCAACAAAAUGUCUUAUUUCGAUGAACAAACGAAUGGUACGUUCAAACAGAGGUGGAUUUCUCACGAAGGUGAUCCGGAUGAGUUGGUAUAUUAUCCCAGUUCUUCGUUUGGAGUAGAUGCAAAUAGAACGUUCGAAUAUGCCGGGCUAGUUAUAUUCACGGACGGAGUAAUUCCUAGACGUCCGAUGUCUUGUGAUCCGGCGUUGAACUACAGUGAGUGUCUGAGUGGCCGAUGUUAUAGAAGUGAUAAGCGGUGCGAUGGGUACUUUGACUGCGAGGAUGGAACCGACGAGGCCGGUUGUGAGAAUAGGAACGCAACUGCCCUUCAGGAUUUCCGAAAAUAUCGGUUUAAUAGGAUUUUGAGGCAUUACCAGAACGUUUGGCUGUGGAGAGAUAUCAAUAUUGGACCACACGGAAGAUACAUUUUCAAUUUAGAGGUACCGCAGAUUCCUGCUCUUUGGAUCAUAUCGGCAUUCGGCGUGAGUUCAUCGCUAGGUUUCGGAAUGAUAAAGAAACCAUUGGAAUACGUAGGAGUACAGCCGUUUUUCAUUAAUCUGGAAAUGCCAACCGUGUGUCGGCAAGGCGAACAGGUGGGAAUACGUGUAGCGGUGUUCAAUUAUCAAAUUGUGGACAUCGAGGUCACUGUAGUUUUGCACAGUUCUCCGGAUUACCAAUUCGUUCACGUUGAAGAGGACGGCAUCGUUCGUUCGUACAAUCCACGAACCUCUUUCGGAGAGCAUCAAUUCUAUAUCUACCUGAAUGCUCAAGAUUCUUCAAACGUAUAUCUACCAAUUGUGCCAACGCGAUUGGGUGAGAUCGAAGUAACAAUCCAUGCAUCAACGCUCUUGGGAGCAUAUCAGAUCAGCCGAAAACUGAAGGUUGAACCAGAUGGUCUAACGCAGCAUCGACAUCAAUCGAUGUUGUUAGAUUUGAGUAACCGUGCUUACUUCUUCCAAUAUAUGCACGUAAAUGUAACGGAAACUCCGAUCAUUCCCUAUGAAAUCGAUCGUUACUACGUAUUCGGAUCCAACAAGGCUCACAUAUCGGUCGUAGGAGAUGUUGUGGGUGCUAUCUUCCCAACGAUGCCUGUCAAUACGACCUCGCUUCUGUCACUUCCGAUGGAUUCGGCAGAACAGAACAUGUUCAGUUUCGCAGCUAAUUUUUAUACCAUCCAGUACAUGAGAGCUAUCAAACAAAGGAACAAAAAGACGGAGAAAAAUGCUUUCCACUUUAUGAACAUUGGAUACCAAAAACAGCUAAGCUACCUCAACGAGGAUGGAUCGUUUUCGCUAUUCCGUGCUGACUGGAACCAGUCGGAUUCAUCCGUUUGGUUGACCGCAUACUGUGCUCGCAUUUUCUCGGAGGCAUCGUUCUACGAGUACGAAAACUUUAUCUACAUCGAUCCGAUAGUGAUCCAGAAAAACAUUCACUACAUAUUGCAACAUCAAAAGGAGGACGGAUCGUUCUGGGAAGUUACCUGGAUGCCUGAUCGAAAAGUCAACCACUCUUCGCCGGAUGUUAGGAACGAAAUCGUACGCUCCAAAAAUAUAACGCUAACGGCACAUGUACUUAUUACGCUGUCGUCGGUGAAGGAUGUAUCGGGGAGAUUGGGAUCAAGUGUGGCUCUCGCCGAGCAAAAGGCUCUCCGUUUCAUUGAACGAAAUAUCGGAUUGAUAAAGCAGUUUGGAUCGGCUUAUGAAAUUUCGAUUGUAAGCUACGCCUUGGCCAAGGCUAAAGCCCCCCAAGCGGAACACGCCUUCAAAAUUCUAGCUAGUCGAAUGAGAUCGAUAGGGGACCUUGCGUACUGGGGCAACGAUGAUGUGCCCAUGCCGCCCACCAAGUUGGAAAAUCAAAAGUACUUCACAUUGCCGCGACUGCCGUACAAAUAUGAUGCCAUGAACAUCGAAACCACUGCCUAUGCCCUGUUGACGUACGUUUCCCGGCAGGAGACGAUCACUGUGGAACCAAUAGUACGGUGGUUGAACUCGCAGCGUUUAACCGACGGUGGUUGGGCUUCCAGUCAGGACACCGGUAUAGCAAUGAAAGCACUGACCGAGUACAGCACCCGAAAUCGAGUAGCGGACGUUACUUCGUUGACUCUCACGGUGGAGGCCACAUCGUUGCCGGGGGCAUCGAAAAUUUUACACAUUGGGCAGAACAAUCUGGCCGCCAUCCAGGGUAUCGAGAUUCCAAACGCCUGGGGUACCGUAAAAGUGCAGGCAAAGGGUGUUGGCUAUGCUAUACUUCAGAUGCACGUGGAGUACUCGGUUGACGCACAGAAAUUCCAAACAGAGCCUCCGGUGCGAGCAUUCGAUCUGACGACUAGGACAAUCUUUCACGGUAGGAAUCAGUCGCACAUUAGCUAUGUUGUCUGUCAACGCUGGACUAAUACCGAAGAAUCAAUUCGAUCUGGAAUGGCUGUACUAGACGUCGCGGUGCCAACGGGAUACAUCAUCCAACAGCAGCGACUAGAUUCGUACAUCCUGAGCAAACGGGUGCGCAAUCUGCAGCGAGCACGUUUCCAGGAGCGGAAAGUACUAUUCUACUUUGACUAUCUGGACAACGAUCCUGUUUGCGUAAACUUUACCUUGGAGAGGUGGAUGCCUGUAGCAAAUAUGUCCCGCUACCUUCCGAUUCGAGUGUACGAUUACUAUGCACCAGAACGUUUCAACGAAACCAUCUUCGAUUCACUGCAAACAUAUCUGUUGAACAUCUGCGAGGUGUGCGGCAGUUCCCAGUGUCCGUACUGUUCCAUCUACAACGGGGCCAUCAGAAAUCCUGUGCCGGUGUUGCUGCUUCUGCUGGCCAGUAGUUUUAUCAUCGCUCGCCACUAUCGGAUAGUCAAUCCUAACAGUUGGAUCUUCUGGAACGAUUAAAACGAUGUACUCGGAGAUGCGUUUUGCUGCAGAAGCGCCGUUGAAGUGCGCAAGUAUCGUGUAAAUAAUCCCGAGCCUCUAACGGAAAAGCAAGCAAAAAAAAGAAAAACUCAUGCAUGUGGACUUUCUACGAACCUUUCACUGCAUGCACGGUUUGAUUUGAGACAAUUGUAAUAAUGCAACAUUUGUACUAUACCGAAUUGAACACAAAGUUUCGAUUUCCAUCCAGUUGUUGUUUAGGAGGUGAACAGAAAUCUGUAACACUCUGGUUUGUUCGAACUGCCCGACUAUCGAAUGUAUGAACCAAAAGCUUCAUAACAUGAAGUGUACGAGUUAUUGUUUUAUAUUUUUAUCGAGUCUUUUUUCGGUUAGACAUAAUUAUAGUACGAAUUUUAUUCGUUUUUUCGCCGUAACUCUCUCAACAAGAUAAUAGAUGUAGUUUAUUUUUAAAGUCUGUAACAGCAGCAUAGAGAAAUCUCCAGGCCGUCCAAAUCAUCUGGUCAUAUUUUCGUGUACUAUUUUAAGAAUAACGUAGAAUUUUGUUUUGUCCUUAUUUUUUAAAUCCAGGUUAGCUAGGAAGAAGUGCAAAUCGUAGCUAUUCAGAAACAGAAUCUCGAGUCUAGAUUACUAAUAUUAAAAUAGCAAAAAAAUUCUGCAUAUCGAUUGCUUGAAACAACAGAAGAUACAAAAGUUAGGUGCCUUAGGGAACGAACAUUCAGCCAAUUUAGAAUGCAUCCUCGAAACAGUAAACCACAAAUAGACACUCACAUACACCGACCCACAUUUGAAAUGUAUGUAUGUAGGUAUGAGUACCCCAAUCGAAACCAAGCAAUGUAUUUUUAAAACUAGCUAGCAGCGAAUGCCAUCGAUAUCGAAUAUCAUAUUGAAUGCAUUUCUAAUGGAACCGAUAACUUAAACAAUAUGAUAAACAGUGAAAUACAAAGAAGAUAAAUGUAUCGUUUUCAGUAAAUG